AUGGUCCACGCCGACCACGACGAGCCCUCCUUCUUCAACGAUGGAGCCAACCACAUCCAACGACAGGUUCAUCAGCUGUACCGCACUAGCUCUCCCACCAGGGCUCUAGUCUUUAGAUACCUCGAUGAACACCCAGAUGCCCACCAGGAGUACCUGGAGUUGUUGCGCCCUUUUGGCCCUACGGGUCCUCUCAACCCAUCCUUCGGCGCAGAGGUCGCCUCAGAAAGCGACUUCCACCUCAGUGCAACUGCAGAGGGAUACUUCCUGCAGCCAGACGAUGGCUUGCAGGAAGAUCUCUGGCAGCUUGUUACUGGUGUAGAAGAGGCCGCCGACGAGCUGGAGUUCGAGUAUCCUUCGGAUCUCGAAGGCUUUGGAGUGGACGACGCCGCUGACGAUGAGGUGCCACCUCAAGCUGGUCCUGAGGUGCUCCUAGACAUCAUCAACACCAACAGCAUCGACAGUGACGACGUCGACCCUCACGUCAAUAGUGACGGUGACGACAAUGCCAAUGGUGCCACCAUUGUCAGCAAUGACACUGUUAUCAUCGACAGCAGUGACGCCGACCCCGUGGCGAACAAUGACAAUGGCCCCGAUACCGACGACACCACCACUAUCGACAACACAGCUGCCAGCACUGUCAGCAAUGACGCCCCGGUGGCCGCAAGCAGUGCCGACACCAACAUGGUCCCGUACCCGGCCCCAGCCCACUUGAUUGUUGCUUCUCGCAGUCAACCGGCGGCUCGUGCCUGGGCCUUGUGGGAAGAAGAUGCAUGCAUUCGUCAUAUGCUUGACAUCCACCACGAGGGCCAGAUCCAAGGGGAAGCUCGCUUUGCCGAGGCGCUGCGUCGCAUGCAGGUCGUGGACGGCUGCAAGAGGACUGCCGGUGGUGCUGUGAAGAAUUUCUGGAAUCGCAAGGGCCGUCUUCGCUCUCAGUUCGACGAAAGACGCAACAAGCGCGCACCGCUGGCGACAUCCCAGCAAGGCAAGAAAGUAGCGCAAACCACCACUACAUCCAAGCAACGCAAGACCACUCUUUCACCCCAUGUUACAAAGUCACGCAGCACGACGAAGCGCCGCCAGAAGACGCCAGAGUACUCCUCUGAAGAAGACGAAGACGAAGAGUCCGUCUACAUUGUUGAGAGUGACAAUGAAGAACCUGAACACAUCCAACAGUCGCACAAGAGAAAGGACAGAGACGUCGACAGUGAAGACGACUACCAACCAUCUCCAACCCUCAUAAACUCCGUUGCCAAAGGCUUGAGAACGUCAAAGAGAGUCCGAUCGAUAGCUCGGUGCUGA